UUAUUAAAACAAAAUAAAGUAUAAAACUCGAUUAUGAGAGUGUUCAUCUUUUUUAUAUGAUAUAUGAUACAUAGGAUCUAGCUGGAAUUAUUCUCAAUUCGGUUCGCAUCACUUAAAAUAUUGUCAAUUUGUCUGUAGACAUUAUUUUGUACAUAUUUUCAACAACCACUAGCUAGUUAUAUGGAGUAGACUUUUUAUGAUCCAUCUGUAAUCACCCUUUUUGUCAAUAACUUCGACGAAGCUGCUUGGAUGUAUUAAAUUAAGGAAAGUAUAGUAUUUAUAGAAUAAUUAGAGAGAAAGAAUUUCAAUUUUCAACAUAUCUAACAAGUUUCAUAAUCUAGCUAAACAUUAUGCCAAAAUCAUCAUCUUCUUCUUCCUCCGCCACACCAAAAGAAACACAUGAAGUGUUCCUUAGUUUCAGAGGCGACGAUACUCGCAAGAAAUUCACAAGCCAUCUCAAUAACGCAUUAAGAAGGUUAGACAUAAAGACCUACAUCGACGACAAUCUUGAAAGAGGAGAUGAAAUAUCACAAGCUCUCCUCAAGGCGAUCGAGGAAGCGAAACUAUCUGUGAUCGUGUUUUCGAAAAACUAUGCGAACUCAAAAUGGUGUUUGGAUGAAGUUGUGAAGAUACUUGAGUGUAGGAAAAAUAAUAGUCAAGUUAUUUUGCCCGUUUUCUAUGAAGUUGAUCCUUUCCAUGUUCGAUAUCAAAGGGGAAGUUAUGCUGAAGCAUUUGCGAAACACGAAGAGCGUUACGCGAAUAAAAUGAACAUGGUGCAAAAAUGGAGAGAUGCUUUGGGCGAAGCUGCCAAUACUUCUGGAUGGGAUUCCUUGUCCAACAUCAACGGAAUAGAAGCUGAACUUGUUGAGGAAAUUGCGAAGGAUGUUCUGCAAAAGCUAAACCACGUUGAUGUUAGUGAUCUAGACAAGCAAAUUACGAAAUUAGGGCAACUUGCAAAACUUCAGCUUCAAUAUUAUAAAAGCAUAUCGGAUUCCAUUUAUGAAGAAAGUUACGACGCAACAGUUGAACGCAUAACAGAACUUAAAAUGAUAAGAAGUAUUCGAAUGCUUCGUUUGGAACCAGAGAUGAUUUCAUUCAUGAAAGGUUCAGAAGCCUAUGAAAGAUUCUUUUAGUUGCAUAUUACUGAGAUCGUUUUAUAUUUAUUUGUCAAUGUAUCAAUUGCGAAAACUUGAUUAAUUUAACUUUGUAUCGUGGAAUGCAUGAAACUAUGAACGGGUUGUUAUGUUUUCAUUA